AUACAUCGUUUUCAUCUCUAACAGUUGUAUAUAUAGAGUUGUUCGUAUUGAACUCUAAUACACCGAAUCCAUUCAUAUACAACUACAAAACAAUGGCAGACACAUCAAACCUUCUCAACUCUGAUUAUCCUCAAACUCAUCCGCUCCUCGAAAAACAUGUCAAAACCUUAGACGAGACAAUAGAACGGUUUAUAGGAAGUUUCGGUUGGGCUCAGUUACAACAAGCUAUAGUUGUAUCUUUCGCAUGGGUUUUUGAUGCACAGCAGACUUUCAUAAGUGUGUUCGCAGAUGCCGAACCAUCAUGGCACUGUACAGAUCCUCGUAUCCAGUCGUGCAACGCGACAAUGAUCUCCAACUUGUGUAAAUUGCCUCGAAAUUCAUGGACAUGGGAUGAACCGAUCCAAACAUCAACAGUCUCGGAAUGGGACCUAUCUUGCUUGGGUCCUGUUAUUGCAGGUUUACCAACGUCAUCUUUCUUCGCUGGUUGUCUACUGGGUGGACUAGUUCUUGCUACUCUAGCCGACUCGUCACUCGGUAGGAAAAAUUUAUUAGUCAUUUCGUGCCUUACGAUGUCUUCAUCAACUUUCUUAACAGCAUUUUCACCUAAUAUUUGGAUCUACUCAAUUUUAAGAUUCGUAACUGGGUUUGGUCGGGCCACAAUCGGUACUUGCUCACUUGUUCUGUCGACAGAAAUCGUCGGGAAAAGUCGGCGUGAUAAAGUGGGUGUUAUUGGAUUCAUUUGUUUCACUCUUGGUUUCUUAUCAUUACCGGCCAUGGCUUAUUUCACAAGAGGGUCUUCUUGGAGGAUGCUCUAUAUUUUAACUUCAAUUCCAACAAUGCUAUAUUCUAUAAUAGUUCAUUUCAUGAUUUAUGAAUCACCAAGGUGGCUAAUGGUGCAAGGAAGAAAAGAAGAAGCCAUUAAUACUUUGAAGAGUAUUGCUUCUCCUGAUUUUUAUGGAACUAAUAACAAUAUAUUGAGCAUAAGUCUAUCUGGUAUAGACAUAUCUGUAGAGCCAGGACAAUGCAAUACAGAUUUAUACUCCUCGAUCAAAAUGUUGUGGGAUAAAAAAUGGGCUUUUAGAAGACUAUCGGCCGUUAUGGUAGUUUCGUUUGGAGUCGGAAUGAUGUACUACGGGAUCCCUUUAGGCGUUGGAAAUUUGGCUUCAAGUCUUUAUUUAAGUGUGACGUUAAACGCGUUAUCUGAGCUGCCAUCAUCGUUAAUCACCUAUUUUCUAAUAGGAACACUGAAAAGGAGAAGUUCAUUGUUGUUUUUCACAAUAUUGAGUGGUGUUUGUAGCAUCAUGUGUGUUGUUAUCCAGGAGGAACAACAAGGAUUGAGAAUCGGUGUUGAGUUAGUAUCAUUCUUUAGCGUGUGUACAGCGUUUAACGUGUUAUUGAUAUACACAUUAGAACUAUUUCCAACUUGCGUGAGGAAUUCAGCAUUGUCGAUGGUGAGACAAGCUCUUGUUUUUGGUGGUAUUUUUAGUCCAAUUUUGAUUGCAGCUGAAAGAGGAGUUGAUGAUAAUGGAUUACUAUCAUAUGGAGUAUUUGGAUUGGUGAUUUUUGUUUGCGGGUUAUUUGUUGUUUGUUUGCCAGAGACAAGAGGUGAGAUCAUUUGUGACACCAUGGAUGAAGAAGAAGAGAAGGCAAAAAAUAUUGUUAAUGAAGCGCCUUAUAAGCAGACAUUGGUAGCUCAUGUGUAGAAUAUCUUGUUAAAGUUUUUGUAUAUGAUU